AUGGGAACUGAACAUUGCGAAAUACCGGCAAAAUGGUUGUCUCACGAGGCAAUGAUGCAUAAAGUCUACACGGAAGCUAGUGAUGUGUGGUUGUUUGGGAUCGUGCUGUGGGAAAUAGCCACUCUUGGUGGUUCUCCAUAUCUCAGUAUUCCUAUUUCAAGGUUGUAUGAUCUUCUCGUUGGGGGUUAUCGUAUGAGUUGGCCUGUGAAUUGUCCUCGUAAUCUUCAUAGCUUAAUAAUUCGUUGUUGGAAAGCUGAAGCAAGUGAAAGGCCCACUUUUGUGGCUCUCGUGACAUUGCUUUCUGAUCCGAUAAAAGAAACGAAAUACUCACCGGUUGACGGUUCACAAUUUACUGACUGUGAUAGUGAAGUUUGCAACUAG